GAAGCUGCCUGAGGAUGGAGUCGAAACGCGAACCGGAGCUGCCCGCCGCCCCCCGAGCCUUCAGACUCACCGCCCCGCCACGGAGCGCCGCUCCACACGCCCCUCCGCACCGCUGGCAGCGCUGAACGGCCUCAUGGAGCACAGCGGUCGCGAACGCGCCGGCCCCGGCUUGGGAUGGGCCCGACUGGGCCUGGCCGGGGCCUGGCCGAAGCUGGCGGGGCCCAGCGCGGCUCCCGCCGGCGGCUCGUCCCAGGCGAGCCCGCCCUUCUCGUGGCUGCGCGUGGUGUCGCAGCUGCUGUCGCCGCUGCCCGCCCUCCUCCAGCGGCUGCUGCCCGGCACCGCGCUGAGCUCCGCGCUGUGCCCCGCCAAGGCACCGCCGCCGCUGGUGCUGCUGCCCAAGGCGGACACCGCGCUGGACUGGACCGAGGAGGAGCUCCCGGAGAAGCGGCCGGAGCGCGUUCCCGAGCCCCCGGUGGGGCUGUGGGGAGCCGGGCUGGUGCGGAGCAGUUUGGGCGCUCUUCCCAUGGAUUGGUACGUGCUGGGUUUGGAGCAGGGCAAGAGCCACCUGCCGCAGCCCCUGCGAGCCGAGGGCUUGCCCGAGGUUGAGUUCCUGCGCAGCAAGCGCCUGGCGUUCCUCCAGCGCUGGCAUCUGCCCGCGCCCGACCCCGACCACGGCUACCACAGCCUGGAGGAGGAGCAGCAGCAGCAGCACAGGGGUGCCCGCCGAGAAAUCGGGGAUUUAGAGCAGCUUGAGGGUGAGGGGAGGCAGCCUGGGGGUGUCCCCGUGGAGCAGGAGCGGCUGCGGGGUGCGGCUGAGGAGGAGGAGGAGGAGGAAGCCUCGGCUGGAGAGGAGGGCGAGGAGGACUCUGAAACGGAGCAAAACUUCCCAAUUUCAACCAGACCUGCGUGUGCGAAUAAAUUAAUCGAUUAUAUCAUCGGAGGAGUAUCCAGUGGGGAGGAGAGUGAGGAUGAGGAAGACUGGAAUGAUGAUGAUGAUGAUGAAGAUGAUGACGGGUUUGACAGCGAGGAGCUGCCCUCGGACUCAGACGCCGGCAGCCAGGACGGGGAGAGGCUCCAUCUGUGGAAUUCCUUCUACAGCUUGGAUCCCUACAACCCUCAGAACUUCACAGCCACCAUCCAGACGUCUUCCAGCGAGCCGGGAAAGGGAAUGUCGGACGUGGAAGAGGAGGAGGAGGAGGAGGAGGAAGACUCGUGGGCAGAGUCCUCCGAGGGCUCUCCGAGUUCCGAGGAGGACGAGUGGGACUGUGAGAGCGUGGACGAGGCGGAAAACUUGAAACUUUGGAACUCGUUCUGUAGCUCGGACGAUCCCUACAACCCUUUAAAUUUCACGGCGGCCUUUCAGACGGCGGAGAAAAAAGGGACGCCGAAAAAAGAGAGGCUGAGUUGUGUCACCUCCGAGCACCUCACCGUGUGUCGGGUGCAGCUGGAAAAACUCAGCUGCGGGGGCCCAGAGCUGGGGCAGCGCGGGGGGAAAACCGCGAAUCCCAAGCGGAAAAAGGUGACAUUUCUGGACAAGGUGACCGAGUAUUACAUCAGCGGCGAGGAGGACAGGAAGGGGCCCUGGGAGGAGCUGGCGCGGGACGGCUGCAGAUUCCAGAGGCGCAUCCAGGACACCGAGGAGGCCAUCGGGUACUGCCUGAGCCCGCAGCACAGACUGAGGGUGCUGCACAGGCUGCAGGGCUGCCAGUCCCUUCUAGAACCUUCCACACCCCUCCAUCGGGUACUGCCUGAGCCCCCAGCACCGCCUGAGCGUGCUGCACAGGCUGCAGGGCUGGCAAUCCCUUCUAGAACCUUCCACACCCCUCCAUCGGGUACUGCCUGAGCCCCCAGCACAGACUGAGCGUGCUGCACAGGCUGCAGGGCUGCCAGUCCCUUCUAGAACCUUCCACACCCCUCCAUCGGGUACUACCUGAGCCCGCAGCACCGCCUGAGCGUGCUGCACAGGCUGCAGGGGUCCCAUUCCCUUCUAGAACCUUCCACACCCCUCCAUCGGGUACUGCCUGAGCCCGCAGCACCGCCUGAGGGUGCUGCACAGGCUGCAGGGCUGGCAAUCCCUUCUAGAACCUUCCACACCCUUACAUCGGGUACUGCCUGAGCCCGCAGCACUGCCUGAGUGUGCUGCACGGGCUGCAGGGGUACAGAACUGAGCCCUUCUAGAACCUUCCACACCCUGCCUCUGAGCCCGCAGCACCACCUCAGGGUGCUGCACAGGCUGCAGGAGUCCCAAUCCCACAGCACCGAGCCCUUCUAGAACCUUCCAUCCACACCCUUUCCAUCCACACCCCUACAUCGGGUACUGCCUGAGCCCCCAGCACUGCCUGAGGGUGCUGCACAGGCUGCAGGGCUGCCAGUCCCUUCUAGAACCUUCCACACCCCUCCAUCGGGUACUGCCUGAGCCCCCAGCACAGACUGAGGGUGCUGCACGGGUUGCAGGGGUCCCAAUCCCACAGGACUGAGCCCUUCUAGAACCUUCCAGACUCUGCCGUGGGCCCCAUCUUUAAAUUAAUGAAAUCCCAUCCAGAAGUGGCAGCUCCGUGUGCUGAAAUGGGCAGAAAAAUCAGAUUUUUUCUCCAUUUUUCUUGUUUUUUUAAAUUAAUUUGAAACAGAAGUAGCAGCUGUGUGUGCUGAAAUGGGGAGAAAAAAAAUCAGAUUUUUUUCUCCUUUUUUUUUUUGGUUUUUUUUAAUUAAUCUGAACCAGAAUUGGCAGCUGCAUGUGCUGAAAUGAGGAGAAAAAUCAGAUUUUUUCUCCUUUUUUGUUGGGUUUUUUCUAAAUAAAUCUCAACCAGAAGUAGCAGCUGCAUGUGCUGAAAUGGGCGGAAAAAUCAGAUUUUUUUCUCCAUUUUUGUUGUGUUUUUUUUUAAUUAAUCUCCACCAGAAGUGGCAGCUGCAUGUGCCGAGAUGGGGAGAAAAAUCAGAUUUUUUCUCCUUUUUUUUAUUUUUUUAAUUUUUUUAAAAUUAAUCUGAACCAGAAUUGGCAGCUGCAUGUGCUGAAAUGGGGAGAAAAAUCUGAUUUUUUUUCUCCAUUUUUCUUGUUUUUUUUAAAUUAAUUUGAAACAGAAGUAGCAGCUGCAUGUGCUGAAAUGGGAAAAAAAAUCAGAUUUUUUUCUCCUUUUUUUUUGUUGUUUUUUUUUAAUUAGUCAGAACCAGAAGUGGCAGCUCCAUGUGCUGAAAUGGGGAGAAAAAUCAGAUUUUUUCUCCUUUUUUGUUGGGUUUUUUUUAAAUAAAUCUCAACCAGAAGUAGCAGCUGCAUGUGCUGAAAUGGGCGGAAAAAUCAGAUUUUUUUCUCCUUUUUUGUUGUUUUUUUUUUAAUUAAUCUGAACCAGAAUUGGCAGCUGCAUGUGCUGAAAUGGGGAGAAAAAUCAGAUUUUUUUCUCCAUUUUUCUUGUUUUUUUUAAAUUAAUUUGAAACAGAAGUAGCAGCUGUGUGUGCUGAAAUGGGGAAAAAAAUCAGAUUUUUUUCUCCUUUUUUUUUUGAUCUCUUUUUAAAUUAAUCUGAACCAGAAUUGGCAGCUGCAUGUGCCGAGAUGGGGAGAAAAAUCAGAUUUUUUUUCCAUUUUUGUUGUUUUUUUUUUUAAAUUAAUCUCCACCAGAAGUGGCAGCUGCACGUGGUGAAAUGAGGAGAAAAAAUGGGAUUUUUCCCCCUUUUUUGUUGUAUUUUUUUUUGUCCCACCCCUUUGCUAUUGAACAAAUUCCCAUUUUUGAUAUCCUGAUAAAAUCCCCGGAGCUCCCUGCCAGGGCGAGGGCGCUCUAAUUACAUUCCUGUUAAUUAGCACUUGACUCUUGGGGUUCAAUCCAUUCCCAAAAAUUGCCUUUUCCUUGGGGAGUGGGGACUGUUCCUUUGGAAUUUUUGCACUUUGGGGAAAAAAAAAAACCUAUUUUAAAGGAAAUAUUUAUGGGGUUCAUUCCCUGGAAUUGCAGUUUUGAUUUCAAAUUCCCUGAGGGAUGUGCAAGGAAGGGAUUUUUAUUUUAUUUUGGUUUUUUUGUGUGUGUGUGUGUUUCUCCAUCUUUUUAAAGCCUCAUUUUUUUAAAAUCUCUUCCUUUAAAGGAUUUUUCCCACUUUUUUUUGGGUUUUUUUUGGCAUGGAAUAAUCCAGUUUUUGAUUCUUCCUGGAGCUUUUUUGAGGUUUAAAUAUUCCAGGCAGGUUUUGGUUUGAUUAAUUUAAAUAAUUCCCUUUUCCAGGAUUAUUCCUGACUGAUUUUCCAACAAAUUCCUUGGUUUUUAAAUCAAGGAAAUUCCUCAUUUCAAUUAAUAAUUAAAACUUAACGAGGCUGUGGAUGAUGCUUGAAUUUAGGGAGGAAAAUUCCUUCAUUAUUUAAUUAAUCUCUGCUGUAAUUUUGCUUUAGGGGAGGGCUUGAAGUGAAUUUUUAUAUCCAAUCUUCUUGCCUUGAUAAUUUCCUUUAAUUUCAGGAAAUUAUCUUGGAUUUAAAGGAAAUUUUAAGGCAAAAAUUCCCUGUUUUCUUCCCCAAAAAUCAGUAUUAACUCUGUGUGCCUGCACUGGGGUCACCAAAAACAUUUCAGUGAGAGGACAAAACUCUUUAUUUAUUAUUCUUAAUUUAAAAUAGUCAAUUAUUUUAAUUGAGAGGGGGGGAAAAAUGGGUUUGGAGCUGGAGGUUGGUGUGGGAAUUUUCCAAGCAGGGAAUAAAAGUGGAAAAAUUCCAAUGUUUGCACUAAGUUGGGUCAAUAAAUCAAUUAUUUGUUCAGCUGGCCAGAAAAUUUUCCACUUUGUAGAAGAAAAAAUUGCUUUAAGUUUAUCUUUAAUUCCUUCAAUUUUUAAUUUGGAUGAAAAUUAUUAAUUCCUGCUUUAUCUUGACUCAAAAAUCCCAGAUUUCUUUGGAUUUAUCCUUUAUUUUUAUUGCAGGAAGUGGCUUCUUUAAGUCAAAAAAUCCACAAUUUUUGUGGUGGAGUUGGAAAAUUUAGGGGAUUAAUUAAAUAAGAGUUGUGUUAAUUCAAAUCCCAGCUGUUUCCACCCCAAAAAAUCCAAUUUUUUCCUCAAAAAUUUGCAUCACACCCUCAAAUCCACUCGGAAUUUUGGAGGAUUUUUCUCACGUUGGAUCUGAUUUUUCACUCAGGUGAGGAAAACCAAAAAAAAAAAAAUUAAAUUCCAAGAGGAAAAAAUUGUGGAUUUUUUUCCCUGGAGCUCCCAGCUGCUUUUCCCAAUCCCUGGGAUUUUUGGGAAUUUGGUGCUUCAGUUCUUUAUGGACAACUCGGAUUUCUUGGUGCUGGGGAGAACCUUGGGAGCUGCUUGGAAAAAACAUGGAAAAAAUGUGGAAAAAACGUGGAAAAAACGUGGAAAAAACGUGGAAAAAACGUGGAAAAAACGUGGAAAAAACAUGGAAAAAACAUGGAAAAAACAUGGAAAAAUGGGAUCUGAAUAAGGAACAGCUGCUCCCACCAUGGAAAAAUGAGAUUUUUAUCAGCAUUUCCCUCUGCUUGGAGGAGUUUUUUCCCUUUUUCCAACCUUUUUUCCAUCAGAAAAUGGAAUGGAAUUAACACCAAACCCAUCCCAGAUCACCUCAGAGCUCCUCUUUUUUUUCCCCUC